AUGACUGCCAUGGAAGACAGCUCGAGUGGUGACAAUGUGCCUUCGCCGAUCGAAAACAAGGAUCCCUCCGCCCAUAUCGAGCAAAUCCAUACCAACGAGAGAGUACCAGGCCAUCCCGGAUACUAUGAGAAAGACGGUCUGAGGACGUAUGGUGAUGAUGAAGACCAUGACCAUGAACCGCCGAUGACCGUUCAUAGAGCCUUGAGCUUGGUCGCCAUGGCUUUCUUGUGGACUGGCUCCCAAAUCCCCGUGUACAUCCUCGGGGGUAUCCCGCCAUACAUUUAUGCUGAUAUUGGUGGUGUCGACCGCUGGAUCUGGUUCGUCCUGGCUUACCUUUUGGCUCUGGCCGCCAUCUGCCCCUUCGUUGGAUCGAUUUCCGAUCUCAUUGGAAGACGAUGGGUGGCACUGGGAGGCUCAGGGUUGCUCAUCAUUGCCAUGAUCAUCUGCGGUACAGCGCAUAGCAUGGGUGUUUUUAUCAUGGGCAUGACUUUCUCCGGAGUCGGGGCUGGCAUCUGUGAGCUUACCUCGCUUGCCGUCACGUCCGAACUCGCCCCAACCCGGAAACGAGGCAAAUACGUCUCCGUCCUUGUCUUCACCAUCAUCCCUUUCUGCCCAUCCGUCCUCUGGGGUCAACUGAUCGCCUCGCACGCUGGCUGGCGAUACUGCUGUCUUCUCUGCGGACUAUGGGCGUGUGUUGGCUUCGGCGGCACCUUGAUCUUCUAUUUCCCGCCUCCUCGACCAAACUCUCGGGGCCUCACCAAGAAGGAGAUCAUUGGCGAGAUCGAUUUCGUGGGCGGUUUCCUCUCAAUCACCGGAAUGAUCCUGUUUCUGGCCGGCCUGCAAUGGGGCGGAUACCAAUACCCAUGGCAUUCGGCGCACGUCCUGGCACCUCUGGUCAUUGGUGGAUUUUUCCUCCUCAUUGCCUUCCCCAUCUGGGAGAUCAAGUUUGCCAAAUUCCCAAUGUUCCCGUCGAGAAUGAAGAAAGAGGCCAGAAUCCUCACACUCACCUUGAUCAUCACCGCCAUCUCGGGAGCAAACUUCUUCUCCGUCAUCAUGUUCUGGCCCACCCAGGCCUUCAACGUCUACGGCCAUGAUCCCGUGGGAGUGGGAGUCCGAGGUAUCCCUAUCGGUUUCAGCAUUCUCACCGGUGCCUGCGUCGUUCUAUGGCUCCUUUCCGUGUUCCGAGGCCACAACCGCGAGUUGAUGAUACUCUCCUCGGUGCUGAUGACGGCCGGUUGCGGCGCGCUUGCAGUCGCUACUCGAUACAACCUGCACACACUUUGGGGCUUGUUGAUUCUGGCCGGUCUCGGCAUCGGCGGGAUCGUCGUUCCUGCAUCCAUCAUAACCACCAUCAUCUGCCCGGACGACAUCAUCGCCACAGUUUCCGCUCUCACCCUUUCAAUCCGUGUGAUUGGCGGCUGUGUCGGCUACACCGUCUACUACAACGUCUUCCUCAACAAGUUCGUUCCCAACGCCACAAAGUAUAUCGGUGGCACCAUGGAGCUUGAGCUUGGCAUCACCAACGUCACAUAUAUCACCGCCGCCAUCGAGUAUACCGCAGCCAGUCUUCUGCCUCUGCUCAAGACCAUUCCCGGAAUCGCCGGUAACGAGACCGCCUACGAAAUGGUGGUGCUGGCUGGCCAAGUCGCCUAUGCCGAGUCGUACAAGUACGUGUAUUUGACGAGUAUUGCAUUUGGCUCGAUUGCGAUUUUGGCCAGUGUGUUUUUGGGCAACAUUGACAAGUACAUGGACGACCACGUUGCUGUGGUCAUGCAUUGA